GGUGACUUGGGGCUUUGACUACCAUCUCGUCUUCCUUUUCCUCUUCGCCCUCACACACCCACACACAAAGAGACACUCUUUUGUUCCAGAGCUACUACUCACCACACCUUCUACAGUGUAUAGAGAGAAUGAAGAGAGGUUUUUUUUUUUUUUUUGGCAAGAAGAGAGGUUGAAGGUUGAUAGUGAAUGAAGAGAGGUUGAAGGUUGAAAGUGAAAGAAGCAAACAAAAAAACUAAACUCUCUCACAAGUCACAAACACUAUUCCUGUUUGCAAUUGCAGGCGUUGCUUUUCAUUUUUCCUUCCUCAGCUCUUAUUAUACUCCAAAUAGCAAAGCCCAUCCAUCUAUCUUCCUCAAUCUAAUACUUCCCACAGAUCCAACUCUACAUGGACCUGAGCUGAUGGACUGGAGUGGCUACUUGGGUUUGAACAUGGCUGCUUUCUAUGUUAAUGACUUUGGAGUAGAUCAUUCUUGUUUUACAGCUUCCUGAGGAACCUCAUCACUUCAAUCUUGGGUGGGUUUUAAUUUUUGCAUGAAAUAUACUUGGUGGCUUUUCAUCACAAUGGGUGGGAUUUGCUCCAAGUCGAGGAGAUCCACUGUUGAGGAUGUCGCUGCAAAUGUUGCUUCCACUGUAAUCCUUCCUAAUCUUAAUGGACAUGCUAAUAAUGCCUCUGCUGGAGUGCCCCCCAAAGCGUCGCCGGUUAUUGAUGGGAUGGAUAAACAUAUACGAGACCCUUUUAUGGCGCCAGAGACCAAUACUAUGGUACCUUAUGGGCUCAUCACCGAUGAUGUCAAUGACGGCAUUCCUCAUUUGUCUAGAGCCUUGUCGCAAAAAAGUAGAGCUACCAAGUCUAAGCAGGCUGUUGCAAAGGUAUCAGAAGUGAGCUCCCGUCUGGGCAGGGCUGGUACUGCGGGACUUGGGAAGGCUGUGGAAGUUUUGGACACCCUUGGCAGUAGCAUGACAAAUUUAAACCCUAGUAGUGGUUUUACCUCUGGGGUGACAACAAAAGGGAACAAAAUUUCAAUUUUGGCUUUUGAAGUUGCAAACACAAUUGUUAAGGGUUCAAAUUUAAUGCAAUCCCUUUCAAAGGAUUACAUCAAACAUUUGAAAGAGGUUGUGCUUCCAUCUGAAGGGGUACAGAAUUUAAUAUCGAGAGAUAUGGAUGAACUCCUGAGAACUGCUGCAGCUGACAAGAGAGAAGAACUUAGUGUCUUUUCGGGAGAAGUUGUGCGUUUCGGAAAUCGUUGUAAAGAUCCUCAGUGGCACAAUUUGGAUCGCUACUUUGAGAAAUUGGGUUCAGAACUUACACCUCAAAGGCAAUUGAAGGAGGAUGCAGAAAUAGUGAUGCAACAAUUGAUGGCCUUAGUCCAGUAUACAGCUGAAUUAUAUCAUGAGUUGCACGCAUUGGACAGAUUUGAACAAGAUUAUCGGCGUAAACUUCAAGAGGAGGACAACUCCAAUACCACCCAAAAAGGUGACAGCCUUGCAAUUUUAAGAGCUGAGUUGAAAAGUCAAAGGAAGCAUGUGAGAAAUUUGAAGAAAAAAUCACUCUGGUCUAGGAUUCUGGAAGAGGUCAUGGAGAAGCUUGUGGACAUUGUGCAUUACUUACAUUUGGAGAUCUAUGAAGCAUUUGGCAUUGCUGAUACUGAUAAACCUGUGAAAGGAUCUCAGAACCAUCACAAAAAGUUGGGGUCUGCUGGUCUUGCCUUGCAUUAUGCAAAUAUUAUCACACAAAUUGAUACUCUUGUGUCUCGGUCAAGUUCUGUGCCUCCAAACACACGAGAUACGUUAUAUCAAGGGCUGCCACCUGGUAUAAAGUCUGCUCUGCGCUCAAAACUACAGUCAUUUCAGGUUAAGGAAGAGCAUACAGUCCCUCAAAUCAAAGCUGAAAUGGAGAAAACUUUGCAGUGGCUUGUUCCCAUUGCCGCUAACACAACAAAAGCUCAUCAUGGCUUCGGUUGGGUCGGAGAAUGGGCAAACACUGGGUCUGAGAUGAACCGAAAACCUACUGGUCAGACCGACUUGCUGAGGAUUGAGACACUACACCAUGCUGAUAAAAAUAAAACUGAGUCUUACAUUCUUGAGCUGGUAGUGUGGCUUCAUCAUCUGGUCAACCAAGUGAGAGUUGGAAAUAAUGGAAUCAGAUCUCCUGUUAAGUCCCCUAUUUGCUCCCCAAACCAGAGGACAAUUCAUUUAUCUACAAACAAGCCCAGCUGCCCAUCCCCCAUAUUAACGGUUGAAGAUCAAGAAAUGCUUAGAUAUGUAAGUAAGAGAAAACUGACACCGGGGAUUAGUAAAAGUCAGGAAUUUGACACUGCAAAGACCAGGUUCAGUGAGUACCAUAGGUUAAGUAAGAGUAGUAGCCACUCUCCAACAAGUGAGCGUAGGAAGGAUCCUUUUCCCAUAAGGAGGCUAUCCUCCGUGCCUGUCAUUAACUUUGAUAUCGACAGGAGCAAAGCAUUGGAUCUCAUUGAUCGAGUGGACACAAUUCGAAGUAUCUGAGAAUUGGCAGGUAAAAAUGCAGAUGCGAAGUGUUCAUGUGUAUGUCUAAUACGUCCAACUGCGACAAUUUUUCCUUGGGUGCGCUCCUAGGUUGUGGCGAUGGUGAUGUUGUGUUAGUAAGCAAAUGCUGAGUGAUAAGUCACUGGCUUUUUGGAUGUUAAAAUCUAGGGCGGUAAAUGUAUUCAAUGUAAGUCGAACUCUGUAGAUGUGGAAAUGGAAAAGGAUGUUGAGUUAUAGUUUCCUUUGUUUUCUGUAUGUACAGAACAUUCAAAUAAUAAGUAAAAGUUUAAGGUUUCCCUUUUCUAGUUUUUAAA